UUAGGGUUCUAGCACGUUUGUCCGACGUGGCGGAUAUGGCCGCUAUGGCGACUGGAUUGUCUUGGGCACGGCCAGGUACUACGAGCUGUAGCGCGAGGCAGGGAAUCAGCAUUGGCCCUGGCACUGGCAUUGGGUGCUUGCGAUCGAGAGCGCGAUUCCUCAGCAGUGGUCUCCAAAUUUCUUGGCCGCCCAGCAGCAGCACUGGCAGCAGUAGCAUUGGCAUCGGAUUGACGAGGAGGAGGAGGAGAAGCGUGAUUGCAAUGAGCUACGAGGCUGGAAUCGGUGUGAUGGGAACCAAAGUGGGGAUGAUGACCCACUUCAUGCCCGAUGGCCGAGCGAUCCCAGUCACGGUGAUUGGAUUCCACGAAGGGAACAUCGUGACCCAGGUGAAGACCGAGCCCACCGACGGCUACAACGCGGUCCAGGUCGGCUACCUCCGCGUCCGCGACACCAAGCUCACCAAGCCGGAGCUCGGCCACCUCAACAAGAUCGGCACCAUCCCCAUGCGCCACCUCCAAGAGUUUCGGCUCGUCAGUGUGGAUGGAUUCGAGCUAUCGCAGCGGCUCAACGUCGAGGACAUCUUCAAGGUCGGGGAUCUAGUCGAUGUUUCUGGCAAGAGCAUCGGCAAAGGCUUCCAAGGGGGUAUCAAGCGCCACAACUUCAAGCGGGGACCCAUGACCCACGGAUCCAAGAGCCACAGGCAGCUGGGAUCCAUCGGCGCUGGAACCACGCCGGGGCGUGUGUAUCCCGGGAAGAAGAUGCCCGGCCGGAUGGGCUUCCAAAAGACAAAGAUCCGCAAGCUCGAGAUCAUCAAAAUCGACCCGGAGCUGCGGGCAGUGCUCGUCAAGGGCGCUGUUCCUGGCAAGCGUGGCAACCUGUUGAGAAUCACGCCCGCCAAGAUAGUUGGCAAGAACAUCCCCAAGAACUAGAGCAUUAGAAGGAAGAAAAAAGAGUUUUUGUUGUAAAGAGUGACCUUAAGAUUGGAGCUUGGAGAGUGCUGCGCGGAAAGCUUGGAAUUGCCGGCAUGGCGACGACGAGGGAUCAUCGAAGCUGGUAAGAACAUCCCAAGAACUAGCAUUAGAAGAAGAAAAAAAGAGCUUUUCCUGUAAAA